GAAGCUCACUCUACUACCUAGUACUCCAAGUCUGCAACGCUCAUGCACAGGAGACCGAAACUCACCGAAGCUCCGACGACCCACCAAUCUCCGAUGACCCAACGUUCUCCUCGCCGCCUCACGCCCGAGCAAGAGCUCUCCGUAAUGGUCGCCGCGCUCACCAAUGUCGUCUCGGGGUGUACAAGUAGUACUACCGCCUCCACUUCCGAGUACUGUGAGGACGCCACGCCGUUCCCGCCCUCCGAAUUGGACACGUGUCAGGUGUGCAAGAUCAACGGAUGUCUGGGCUGCAACUUUUUUGUCCCGCCAUCACAUCAAGAUCAUCGAGAAGCGGAAGACGAAGACAAGAAGAAGAAAGCGAAGUUGGGAGUGUCAAAGAGACGCGUGAAGAAGAACUACAGAGGGGUAAGACAGAGGCCGUGGGGAAAAUGGGCCGCAGAGAUCCGAGACCCGAAGAGGGCGACCCGGGUGUGGCUUGGCACAUUCAACACCGCUGAGGAUGCCGCACGUGCGUACGACAAGGCUGCCAUCGAUUUCCGCGGGCCGCGUGCGAAGCUCAACUUUCCAUUUCAGGACUACGCGGCGGUUGAGACGCCCAAUUCACAGCCCUAUACGACGUCGUCAGAGCAGCAAGCGACUGAAAUUGGGAGGGAAAACGAGUUCUGGGAAGACAUUGGGGAGGACGAGAUUCGGCAGUGGAUGAUGAUGAUGGAUUUUGCUGGGGACUCCUCGGAUUCGACUGCUACUGGGACUGAAUAUGCUCAGAGUUCUACUUCAUUAUAGGCGAUAAAUGUUGUGGGCCUUGUGGGUCAAUAUUUUUUUUGACAAAAGAAGAAGAGCAAAAUUAGGAAGUUUGAUUUAUUGUACAAUUCGUUUGAUUCUUUGCUCUCUGGGGAAAAUGUCAUGUUUUUAAAGAAU